AUGCCCGAGGCCGCUGAGACACCCAAGAAAGUUAUCCCCCUGUCCGAGAUCUCCAAGCACAGCUCCCGCGAUGAUCUGUGGGUUGCCAUCAAUGGCAAAGUGUACAACAUCUCCAAGUUUGUUUACGAGCACCCUGGUGGAGAGGAGGUUCUGCUGGAUGUUGCUGGCAAGGAUGCCACCCAGGAGUUUGAGGACGUCGGCCACUCCGAGUACGCUGUCGAGAUUCUCGACCAGUACUAUGUUGGCGAGGGCAACCCCGAAGAGCUCAAAAUCAACGAGAAGCCACUGGGUGUUGCAGAGUUCGACUCUUCGUCUGAUUCCUCUUCGUCUGCCGUGAAAUUGUUCCUGAUUGCUGCUGCUAUUGCCGCGGCCGCUUUUUACUAUACCAAAGUGAACUAG